AUGCUCGAAUACUUCACCUACAAGAAAGUCAAGAAGGACAGGGACGCCAAGAAGGCACGCGAGAACGAAGCCACAAGGGCCCUCGAGGAGCGCAACAGCAAUGUGACCACCCCGGUGGACCCCAAUAACAACGGAUCCAGCUCGAGGCCCGCCAACGACCCUGCUACGCCUGUCCUCGACCGCUCAGAUGAACGAUUCCUCCAAGAGAUCUUGUCUGAGGAUGGUGAUCCACCUGCGCUGCCGGAGCGGCCUCUCGUGGUGCCAGAUCUCGAAUGGCAGUCUGACGACGCCAAGUCGCUCGACCCACGCAAAAUCAACAAGAGUCGCAAGAAGAAAGAGAGGGAGGAGCAGAAGCUGAAGGAGAACGAACAGAGAGCCAAAGACCGAGAUAACAACAAAGACAAGGAGAACCAGCAACUCAAACCGGGCCGCCUCUCUGUCCUCUUCUCCAAAGCCAAGUCAAAGACAGGCGAUGACAAGACGAGCCCAGCCGUCUCACCCGCCGUCACACCUGGCGACACCUCCCUCUCCGAGGAGGAGGAGCAAAAGGAGGCCAAUGACCUGGGCCGCGUCCUCGAACGUCUCAAUCUUAAGGCAAAGAACAACAAAGUCCUCGCCGGCGAGAAUGCCGAUCUGCUGGCUAGGUUCACGCAGAUCUUCAAGGACCUGGCGAACGGCGUGCCUACGGCAUACGACGACCUGGUGAAGCUCAUCAGUGAUCGCGACGGCACCAUCAACAAGGGCUUCGAGAAGUUGCCCUCGUCGCUGCAGAAGCUGGUCACGCAGCUGCCCGAGAAGCUCACCAACAGCAUUGCCCCCGAGAUCCUCGCCGCGGCUGCCAAAAGCCAAGGCGUCCAGUUCAACGCCGAGGGUGGCCUCAAGGAGGCGACGAAGAAGAUGCUCAUGCCGCAGAACAUCCUCGAACUGGCGACAAAGCCCGGCGCUCUCGUUGGUAUGCUGAGGGCCAUUGUUACAGCGCUCAAGACAAGAUGGCCUGCGUUCAUUGGAGUCAAUGUGCUCUGGAGCGUGGCGCUCAUGUUGCUCAUGUUCGUACUCUGGUACUGCUACAAGCGAGGACGCGAGGAGCGCCUCUUGAAGGAGAAGGCCGAAGGCGAGGAUACCGUCGAUGGCAGCAGCAGGAUUGAGGAACUCCCAGACGACCCCCAAUUGCCUGCGCCGCGGUCAGAGACUAUGCCUCUGGCUACGGACAGUGAGCCGGUCGUCGCUGAGCCUGUCCGCCGCCGUACUCAGCACGACGAGGCGUCACGCUCGCGUCAGCGCCGGGAUGAUUGA